AAUGUACAAAAGUAACUUUGUUGAAUCUCAAUCCUUUUUCAAUAAAUAUAUGUAAUAAGCUAUGAAAAAUAAAAAGAAAGCUAAUAAUGAAGAUGCAGGUGCAGUUAGAUGUUAAAGAUGUUUAAAAUAUGGUCAUUUGACUUAUGAAUGCAAAAAUGAAAAUGUAUAUUUAUAUAGACCUUCAAGAACAAUGCAAUUUAAGUAUAUAAUAGAGUAUUAUUUUAGAGAGAAAUAAUUACAAUAUGAAUUAAAUAAUGAUAAGCCUCCUGAUGUACCUGAUGCAUUUGAUGGAGAUUGGAAGAGAAAUACAAAAAAGAAAGUUGCUUUAGAAGUAUCAUCAGAUUCUAGCAGUGAUGAAUAAGUAUAAGUAAAGAAAGAGGGAACCAUAAUUAAUGUAAAGAAAUAAAAAAGUUCAUCUUCUGAGAGUAGUAGUGAAGAUUCUAGUAGUAGUGAUAGUGAUUCAUCAGAUUCAUCUUAGAAAAGAAGUAAAAGUAGAUCUAAAGAUAAAAGAAAAAAAAAAUGA